UGCAAAAGAGCUGUCUUUCGAGAAACAACCCCGAAUCAUUUCUGCUACUGUUCUGCUGGUUUCCCCCCCCUCCUCUCGUCGGGGUUGGACACAGCUGGUGGGAGGGAUUUCUGACUGUCAGCAAGAAAAGAAGCAAGAGAGCAUGUGAGGGAAAGGUGCUAGACCUGGGAAAGGCAGGAGGGAAGUUUUGUUACUCCCCUGGACCGCGGGGUGGCCGCUCUUAGUGCGUGCGUGUGCGGGAGCGACUGGAUCCUGCCUCCGGAGGGGGGGGGGCUGUAGCAGGAGGAUGGCUUCAGCUCUGCGGAGGGGGUAAACGAGCGCCCUGCCUGCUUUCGGACAAGCCCUCUGGGAGGGGGACUUCUCGGUGCGCAGGAGAGCACCCCUCCUUUUUCCCUUCCCUUGCCGAGUGAUGAUUUCUGCAUUGCUUGCGAAGGGGAUCAUGACUCCAAAUCAGCUAAACCCACAUGGGGCUCCACCGCUGGGCAGAACCCCUGCCUUGUGAGCCACCAGGUCCGUGGGCUUUGUCAAGAAGCAAACGCCAGAAGAAAAAGUUGCUUUGGUACAUUUCGCUGCAAGCAAAGGAGCAUAAGAAGCUAGGUUUGGCUUUGGGAAAAACCCAGCGACCAUCUGCACCACGAUCAUCUCCCAAAGACUGAAGAAACUUGCUGAACUGACCCCGUAUGUAUGGGAGGAAGCAUCUAGGAGCGGUAAAUCUGCUCUCCCUGUGCAAGAAUUCCCCGGUGCUCCAGCAGCGCUGUCCUUCGCAAGAGAGAGACGCACCGGGGAGCGGGAGGUAGCCGGGAGGGCUCUCCCCGAGGAACAGGAACUUGCAAGUCGUGCUCGAGAAGGCGGCGAGGUUUUCUGGGCACCCACUGGAAGCACCUUGGGGGGGAGAGAGGAGCUGUUGCAAUGGAGUUGCAUGCGGUGGCACUGUCAUUCAUCCUUACGUUGCGAGUGUCUUCCCUGGCUUCUGGGAGCAAGCUUCAGCCCCAUAUGCCAAACGUCUGCACGGAGCAGGAGCUGGCGAUUGUGGGGUACCGGCAGCCGUGCGUCCAGGCCUUUACCCGCACCGUCAAAGCGUGGAAGCAGGACUGCGGAGGACAGCGGUGGUGCACGGGCUACGAGCGGAGAACUGUGUAUUACACGGGCUACAGGCAGGUGUACAAGGUGAAAUACCAGACCGCGUACAGGUGUUGCCCGGGAUGGUCCCAGCUCGGAGGCGACGCCGGCUGCCUCUACCCUCUCUGCAGUUACGGGGUUUGCUUCAACGGUGGAAACUGCAUAGAGGGACCUUCGCAGCUCUGUCAUUGCUCCUCUGGCUUCCAAGGACCUCGCUGUCAGUACGACGUGAACGAGUGCGAGGCGGGGAACGGUGGUUGCGAGUCCCAGUGCCGCAACACCAUCGGGAGCUUCUACUGCAAGUGCGCGGCGGGGCUGAGGCUGGAGCAGGACGGGAAGGCGUGCGCAGACAUCGACGAGUGCCAGGUCCACAAUGGGGGCUGCCAGCAGAGAUGCGUGAACACCCUCGGCUCUUAUUAUUGUGAGUGCAAGGCAGGCUUUCGCCUGCACACGGAUGGCAGGACCUGCAUUGCUGUGAACACGUGCGCCCUGAACAACGGCGGCUGCGAACACGACUGCGUGCAGGUGACGCUGGCACAGCACCGGUGCCAGUGCCGGCACAACUACCAGCUGCGGGAAGACGGCAAACGCUGCGUCUUGAGGAACCCCUGCACCGACAGGAACGGGGGCUGCAUGCACCGCUGCCACAACCACCGUGGAACAGCCCGCUGCGAGUGCCACCCUGGCUACCGGCUGGCGCCUGACAAUAAGGCCUGUGAAGACGUGAAUGAAUGUCUGACCGGACUGGCCAUGUGUGCACACCAGUGCCUCAACACUCGCGGCUCCUUUAAGUGUGCCUGUAACCCAGGCUACGAGCUGGGGGCAGACGGCAAGCAAUGCUACCGGAUAGAAAUGGAGAUCGUGAACAGCUGCGAAGCCAACAAUGGUGGCUGUUCCCAUAUGUGCCACCACACCAGCUCUGGCCCAGUCUGUACCUGUAAUUUUGGCUAUCGGCUUGAAGAGGACCAGAAGACAUGCACUGAUAUCAAUGAAUGUGACAAUGGUUCUCACUGUUGUCAGCAAGACUGUUACAAUUAUCCUGGAGGCUACGAGUGUGCCUGCUACGCUGGAUACAGGCUCAGCACAGAUGGCUGUGGGUGUGAUGAUGUGGAUGAGUGCUCUUCAAAUAACGGCGGAUGUGAACACGCGUGCCAGAACCAGCCAGGCUCUUUCCAGUGCAGCUGUGAGAUUGGAUACAAACUGGAGGAAGACCGAAGGAGCUGCGCCUCUAUAGAGGACCCUGUGGAAGCUCUGGACGGUCAGCGCCCUGCGAUCCGCCCAAUCCCUCAUGUUGCAAUCCUGCGAGAUGAACUUACCCAGCUCUUUAAUGAUGACUACGAAGAAGACGAGGAAGAGAUGGAAGCAAGAGGAGAGCACACGCUUUCAGAAAAAUUCGUCUGCCUGGAGCACACGUUCGGCCCCGACUGCAGCCUGACCUGCGAGGACUGUCAGAACGGAGGCAUGUGCAACGCAGAGGAGACGGGCUGCGACUGCCCGGCAGGCUGGACCGGCAUCCUCUGUAACCAGACUUGCCCGGCCGGCACCUUCGGGAGGAACUGCAGCCUGGCCUGCCUCUGCCAGAACGGCGGCACCUGCGACCCCGCCACGGGCGCCUGCCGCUGCCCGCCCGGCGUGGCCGGCGAGCUCUGCCAAGACGGGUGCCCUAAAGGAUUUUUUGGGAAACAAUGCAGGAAAAAGUGCAACUGUGCCAACCGGGGUCGUUGCCAUCGGAUUUACGGAGCCUGUCUGUGCGAUCCUGGCUUAUAUGGACGGUACUGCCAUUUAGUUUGCCCGAAGUGGGCGUUCGGCCCCGGCUGCUCCGAAGAGUGCCGCUGCGUGCAGCAGAACACGCAGGACUGCGACAAGAGGGACGGCUCCUGCCAAUGCAAACCCGGCUACCGCGGCCAGCACUGUGAGAUGAACUGCGACCCUGGCUAUUACGGGGAUGGCUGCAAGAAGAAAUGUAGCUGCUCUCCAGAAGUGUCUUGCGACCAUGUCACCGGAGAGUGCUGGAAAGAGUGUCCCCGAGGCUACCGCGGGGAGAGCUGCGAUCAAGAGUGUCCGGAGGGGACGUUCGGGGCGGGCUGCCGGCAGUCCUGCUCCUGCGGGGGAGCGCCCUGCGACCGGACCACGGGGCAGUGCCUCUGCCUGCCAGGCUGGACGGGACACGACUGCGGCCAAGCUUGCCCUGACGGUCGCUGGGGCCUGGGCUGCCAGGAGAUCUGUCCUGAGUGUGCGAACAACGCCAGCUGCGAUCCCGCCACCGGAGCCUGCCUGUGUCCACCCGGUUACACCGGCCGUCGCUGCCAGGACGUGUGUCCACCCGGCUGGUUUGGCCCAGACUGCCAGCUGAGCUGCAGCUGUGGGAACGCUGGACAUUGCCAUCCUGUGACGGGGACGUGCAGCUGCGCACCUGGCUGGACGGGGUAUAACUGCCAGAGAGCCUGCGAUGCAGGUCGCUGGGGCCCCGACUGUGCUCACGCCUGCAACUGCAGCAACAGCGAUGGGAGCUGCAGCGCGGAGACAGGGCAGUGCGUCUGCGAAGCUGGCUACACGGGCAGCCGCUGCGAAAGGAAGUGCCCGGAGGGGUGGUUUGGGCAGAGCUGCCGGCACCAGUGUCAGUGCGACAACGGGGCUGCCUGUGACCACGUCAGCGGCGCCUGUACUUGCAGCCCGGGCUGGCGAGGAACCUUCUGUGAGCACGCCUGUCCUGAUGGGUUUUAUGGGCUGGAGUGCCGGGAAGCCUGCAACUGCCUGAACGGCGCCCGCUGUGACCAUACAACAGGCCAGUGCCGCUGCCCCCCGGGCUGGGACGGCCCCCGCUGCGGCCAGGCGUGCCAGGAGAACAGGUACGGCGAGAACUGCAGCCAGACAUGCAACUGCUUCAAUAAUGCUACCUGCAACCACAUCAGUGGCCGAUGUCUCUGUGCAGCCGGGUGGACGGGACCCACGUGCCAGCAAGCGUGCCCGGUGGGUUUCUACGGGAGAAGCUGCCGCCAGCGCUGCCUUUGCCAAAACGGUGGCACGUGUGACCCCGCCACAGGGCUCUGUGCUUGCCCCGUGGGGUGGACGGGGCUGGCCUGCGAGCUGGAGUGCGCGCAGGGACGGCACGGGGCAGACUGCCGGCAGCGCUGCGAGUGCCGGCACGGGGGGCUCUGCGACCGCCAGAAGGGCCACUGCGUCUGCCAGCCUGGUUGGAUGGGCGAGAAGUGCGAGAGCCCUUGUCCAGAGGGGCUGUUCGGGGCGCGCUGUGAAGAGCACUGCGACUGUGGGUACAACGUGUCGUGCCAUCACGUUACUGGCGCUUGCGACUGCCCCCGCGGCUGGAGGGGCCGGCGCUGUGAGAAAGCCUGCCUGCCGGGUUCGUUCGGGAAGGACUGUGCCAGCCGCUGCGCCUGUCCCCUGGGGGUGCCUUGUGAUCACAUCACCGGCCGGUGCGGCUGCCCGCCGGGCUUUACAGGCUCUGGAUGUGAAAAAUCCUGCCUGCCAGGGACCUUUGGUGAGGGCUGUGGUCAGAUCUGCCAGUGUGCCGGAGCCACCCAGGAGUGCCACCCGGUCACCGGGGCGUGCGUCUGCGCCCCCGGCUUCCACGGGCCCACCUGCCAGCUGGAGUGCUCCCCUGGGUGGUACGGCCAUAACUGCGAAAGGCCAUGCAAGUGCAAGAACGGGGGCCUGUGUGACGUUGCCACAGGGACGUGCCGCUGCCCGGCCGGCUACAUCGGCGCUGACUGCAGCAUCGGAUGUCCUGCUGGUCGCUACGGCACAGACUGCGCGCAGGUGUGCUCCUGCGGGGACGGUGCUACCUGUCACCCCGUCACCGGUGACUGCGUGUGCCCACCAGGGAGAACUGGUCCCACCUGUGAGCAAGGCUGCGAGACGCACCGGUACGGGGUGGGCUGCCAGCAGACCUGCUCCUGCCGCAACGGGGGGCUGUGUGAUGCAGCCAACGGCUCCUGCUCAUGUGCGCUCGGGUGGAUGGGGAAAUCCUGCGAAUUAGAAUGCCCACCGGGAAGGUACGGAGCCAACUGCCAGCUCCGCUGCGCCUGCCGGCACAACGCCACCUGCGACCCGGGGACGGGAACCUGCCGCUGCCCCGCAGGCCACUACGGGCCCCUGUGUGAACACAGUUGUCCCCAGGGCUUCCAUGGAGCGGGCUGCCGGGAGCGCUGCGACUGCGAGCACGGCACAGGCUGUGACCCAGCCACCGGCCGCUGCCAGUGUCCUGCUGGGCUCCGCGGCGAGCGCUGCCAGACAGGCUGCAAGGAAGGAACGUACGGCGAGGGAUGCCAGCAGCUCUGCGACUGCGACGGCAAUGCGCCCUGCGACCCAGCCACGGGGCGCUGCCUGUGUCCCCCGGGGAAAACUGGCCUCAGGUGCGAUUCAGAGUGCCGGCUGAGCAGGUACGGCCCGGACUGCAGCCUGGCCUGCCAGUGUGCCCCCAGCAACUCCUACUGCAACGCUCAGAACGGCCAGUGCCUCUGUCUGAACGGGUACAUGGGACCGACGUGCCGGGAAGGUGGUAUGCCUCGUCUGCCGUCAGCCGAGCACCCCUCCUGGGUCCCAGCUGUGCAGCCCCCGGCACCCACCGGGUCACCUCCGCCCCGGCGGGGGCUCCGGCCGGUCAAGCACUAGGUCCUGCAGCUGCCGGGAGCGCUCCCUCGGUGUGACCAAGCAGCCACCUGAAGAAGCCAACGCCCUAUUUAACAAACUUGUUUACAAGCCACGCGAGCGGUUACCGUUGCAUGACACACUACGCUGCUGCUUUUGGUGCUGCCUGAGCGAGGCCGAAGCGCCGCGCGUAAGCAGGGCGGCACGGGCUGGCCUCCGGGCGCGCCGCGAGCGCGCACACGCCGACACCGGCGCGCGCCCCCGGCCACACAUCGGCGGGAACAGUUCAGAAGCGAUCGCUUCUGGUCAGCGGACUUUGACGGCUCGUGGCAAAGUGCUGGCCUUCAUGUUUUCGGUGCUGGGCUUGGGGAAGGGGUGGGGCUGAAAUUAUGGUCCAAAAUAGGUAUUUAUGCAACGAUAUUUAUGGGAAGCUCUACAAGACUGUUGUCAGAACUGAUGGCUGAACGUGCCCAGCUCUCCUGAGAUCAUGCCUCCUGUAGAAGUACCACCUCACUUGACCUUUUUUUCCCCCUAAAAUUUGAAUUUGCAAUGGUCUUUUACUGUAAAUUAUCAUUUGCCGUGGGGGCAAGACAUUGGGCUCCGGCCGUCACCACACUGUUGGUGCCACAGCCCGACCCUCUCUGUCAGCACACGGCAAGUGCCGGCGGUUUGCAUUUCCAGCGACAGGCAGCGGCUGCCUUGCUGACAGCGCAGCCUGCCCUCGACGAGCUCUGCAGGGAGCCAGGAGCUGUAUUUUCAUACCAGGAGUACGUCAGCCCACUUGAGCCACCCUUGUUGUUUGCUCCACCAAAACGCAAGCCUAAAUAAGGUGUAAUACUCAGAGAUGCUGUGUGGAUAGACACAAAGCUCUUGCAUGGCCCAGUAAAUGCAAAUCGCUAUUAAGUGUUCUCGCCCCAGCCCUGAACCCUGCAUUAUUUUUCCACCCCAGUCGAACCCAGGAGCUGGGAAGGGGAUGGAGGCAGGAGCGGCCGCGAGGCUGCGCAGCUGCAGUCGGUUCCUGGCUCGGCAGCGAGCGCGGCGUCACGGCAAAGCCUCGGCUGCCACCUGCAGCAACGGGGAACGCCGUCACCCCAGCAAGGGCCCAGGGCUCCCGGACCAGCCGCCCUCCUGAGCCAGGCCCCUUCGUCUGUUUGCACAAAGCUCUUGGGUAAGUGGAGCCCGAGAGCCGACCAUGUCAAAAGAAACCAGUCUCUACGAAGGAGACGGGACGUUCCCGUCCCAGCACAUCUGCCUCUGCUGCUGCUGCAGCACAGCCCUGCCCAGGCGCUUGGCCUUUAAAUUAUUCCCACAGGGGCCAACUGAAAAUAAUAAAAGAAUUGUUUCUUUUCCUGAUGGAAUUUAUUUUAAUCUGUAUAUAACUUGUAAUUUUUUGCUAAUUCUUUUCUUAUUUUAUUUCUUCCUUAACAGUAUUUUUUGCAUUAGAUAUCAUUAUUGUGAAGAAAUAAUGUUAAUAUAAGUAUGUAGUGGAGGACCAAAAUUGUGUAAUUAAGGUUGUAUGUUGUAUGAUUGAUAACCAGGGAGUAGGAAGAGUUUGUCCAUGUGCCAAAUGACCCUGACCGAUCCUGCUAGUCUUGCUGCCGAUCCUCCAGACAAUCAUAUCUUUUGUUACGCUUGCCUUGACGUGACCGUUGCGUUAGACGGGGGUUUCUAUUUAUUUCCUUGGCCGGCUGGAAAGCAGGCGCAGCCUCCGCCGGAAAGCGAGCAGCCCCUCCCCACGUGCCCUUCCACCGAGCGCGGCGAGGCGGGCUCCGCGGGGCGAGCCGGGUGCCGGCCGAAGACCCGGGAGCCGUUGGGUGCAGCUGGUGGGGGGGGGGGGGGCGGCGAGCGAUGCUGCCGAGCCGCGUGUCCCACCGGCAGCCCCCGCCGCCCGCCGGCACGGCGGUGCAGAGAAGCCCUCGGCCCCGACGGCCCUGCUCCGGGAGAGCACAGAAACUAGCCCAGACUUAAGCAUCAACAUCAAUCUGUCCAGUCCUGUUACAGCAUGAAAGCCCGAGCUGGCUCCUGGGACCUGCUUGGCCUAAACUGUACGUCCGAGCAUGGGAAUGCAGCAAUGUAACUUUUUAUAUCGUUUUGUUUUUUUUUUUUUCUCCUGUUCAUAUUUCUUAAUACAGUGUGUUUGCUUCCUGUUUUCACACAGCUUGCGUCUCUUUUUGGAUCCAAUGUCCUCUAAUUUAGCACCGAUGAAAAAUUUUAAUUCUUCCACAGUUAAGAAAAAUAAACAGAAAGCCUCACUGAA